AUGGGUCGCAUGUACUCCAAGGGAAAGGGCAUUAGCUCGUCUGCGCUUCCUUACCGCCGCACUCCCCCUUCGUGGCUGAAGACCAGCCCCGAGGAGGUUGUGCAGCAGAUCGUGAAGCUCGCCCGCAAGGGUGUUACCCCCUCGCAGAUCGGCGCUCAGCUCCGUGACUCGCACGGCAUUGCGCAGGUCCGCUUCGUGACCGGUAACAAGAUCCUCCGUAUCCUCAAGAGCGAGGGUCUCGCUCCCGAGAUCCCGGAGGACCUCUACCACCUCAUCAAGCGCGCCGUCAGCGUCCGCAAGCACCUUGAGCGCAGCCGCAAGGACGUCAACGCCAAGUUCCGCCUCAUUCUCAUCGAGUCGACGAUCCACCGUCUGACCCGCUACUACAAGACCACUGGCGCUGUCCCGCCGACUUUCAAGUACGAGUCGUCGACCGCCUCGACUCUUGUGGCGUAA